GCCGUCGGUGAAGACUGUAAUUAUUGAUGCAAGGCUCAUCACAAACUUUGUAUACAACCACAGCUGGUUAUUAGCCGCAAUGCGCGAGAGGUGUGGUAGGGAUAUAGUGCGCCCCGGAGCGACGCGGUUCGCCACAAAUUAUAUCGCCUUAAGUAGCCUUCUCAAACACAAACAGGGGUUACGAGAGCUUUUCGCCUCUCAUGAUUACGUAGAAUGGAAAAAGAGGUUGACGAAAGUAACCUAUAGAAUUGAGGAGCCGGUGCUGGGAAAUUCAUUUUGGGAUAAAGUGCGUGGUGUUGUGGGUAUUAUAGAGCCUAUUUAUGUGGUGUUGAGGAUGGUGGACAAUGAGACAAAUCCGUCGAUGGGGUCGUUGUAUCCGUCUAUACAGCUGAUGAAAGAGGCCAUCAUGGUUAAAGCUCCCAAUGCAUAUAAGUGGGUGCAUGCAAUAAUAGAUGAUCGUUGGGAAAGAAUGCUUUCUCACCCACUACAUCAGGCUGCGUAUUUCCUAAAUCCCAAAUACCACUACAGUCGGAACCUCUUCGAAGAUAAUUCAUUAAAGAGGGUUGUGCAUGAGGUGUACGAUCACUUAUUCCCCGACUGUCCGGGGAAAGGCACCUUUGGUAGUGAGAUUGUUAAAUUCCGCAACACAGUUGGGAUGUUUGAGUGUCACCCUGCAGUGAAGUCAAGGAACGCCAUGAUGCCAUGUGAGUCACUGUAGAAAACUUAACUUUUA